CGCAAAGACAAGAUUUUUGUUUGGUCAAGCUAUUUUGUUUUUUGAAUGAAAAAAUUAUAGUUUCGCUUCUAUUCCAUACUUUUCAAAAUAAAUUCAUUGAAUUACAUGCUUUUAUUAUGAAUUCAAUCAGCUGGUCUGAACAGAUUCACUGUUUAGAAGUUGUAUUCUGCAGGCACUGGUCUGUCAAGUUUUAGAUGUUGGUUGGGGUGUCUGUCUUUUUGUACAGGAGUGUUAUUUUCGUUUGUAGUAAUUUUAUAAAUGUAGAAAUGUACAAAUAUUAAUCACUUUAAAUAAUUUGGUGUAAAAAUUAAGUAUAGCACGUUAAACAAUAACUAUUUUAAUAUUAUCUUGACUGAUGAGGUGAAAUCUUUGAGGAAUCAUGAGUAGGAAGUAGAAGUAUGAUUGCAGCAGAAGACACUUUUAACCGUAGCCUUAGGACUUGUUCCAAAAAUUGAUAACACGUACGUCAGCUACGUGGAUUUAAAAGUAUCUUUACAAAAACAUUCUACUAGCUGAAUAUUUGCAUUGAAACCUUAUGAUUUCAUUCAAGAGUGAGGUGGUUUUUAAUAUUUUUGUUACAUUUACCUUCAAAGAUUUGAGGUUGUCUAAUUUCCUUGAACAUUGGUUGCCGUGUAAUUCCUUAUGCAUUCUUGAUAUUUUGAUGCAAUGUCACUGCGAAAUUCAAAAUGUAAUGGAUGCGGGUGUACAUGCAAACAGUGUACGGAGCCGUCGGCCCUCCAUCUUCAUGUAGAAAUUGAAAACUUGAAGCAACGGCUGCUGGAGAGAGAGAAUCAUAUUGUGUCGAUGGAAACAAAUUUUUUACGCGAAGCUGAGAAAUUUCCUAAUGGAGAGAUGGCUGCACUAACAGACGAACUUCUUACUUGGCAAGACAAAUAUUCUAGAUUGUACGAGGCGCAUAAAAGAGUGCAAAAAGUAAAUCAAAAUUUAGAGGAUAAACUACUAAGAAUUGUUGAUAAAUGUGAAACGGAAAAGACUGCUCUCACUACAGAAGUUGCUAGUUUGACACGUAGAUUAGUUGAUGAAAAGUUUAACGUUGCUAGGCUUCAGGAAGAAAAUGAGAGGUAUAGAAAUGACGUGAAUCUUGCAAUACAGCUACUUCAGUGCAAACCCUCAAACUUCGUUCCCCAGCGAUAUGAUUCACUACCAAGUGACAUGCAACAGAAAGUGAAGAAUUAUGUGUACAGUAAGAAUCGCAGGGUCUCUGAUGGCAAUGGCAACAUGCAAAAACCUGAAGUGAAGACGAUCAAAGUUCCCAUUCCCACUUUUCCACCAACAGCGAUGGUCUAUUCAGUCAACAGGCAGAUCUCUGACAAAGAUGUGAACGGUGAAGACAAGUCGAAAAGUCAGGGAUCAGUUGACAUAGUGUCGGCAGCCAUCAUGGCGAAGGUGCUAGAGGAGAGGGAGAGAGAGCGUCAACAGCAGAAGCACUGCGACAGCUGCACGUGUCUAGUGGCGGCGGGGGCGGCGAGGCACCACAAGGCGUCGCAGACGGUGGCGCCACCCCCGACAGACUCGGCGCACCUGGCACAGAUGAGAAACGGUGCUCCAUCCACCAACAACGCCUCCAGUCCAAUGGCCAUCAAGAGCAAGUACCCAGCUGACAAAAGCAAAGUCAGUGAUUUCAGCGCACUGGCCAGCGAACGCGUCUCCAACUGGUGUGACAAGGACAACGUGAAAAAGGUGCAUGAUUUUUCCAACACUAAUCUGAUUGGUUUUAAUGAUUUGUGGAGUAAAACGUCCGUCACCGAAAACAGUACAAAAACGGACAAAGUGAGAGAGGGUAUUCUGGUGAACAUUGAUAGUGGUAUAGAGAGUAGUGAUAGUAGUGUUAAUAAAUGCAACGAAGAUAGGUUUACAAGUGCCAAUCAAAAGUUAGAGGUAGGCAGUGAUGUGCAGGAUGUGGACAAAGGGGUCGGUCACCAUCCGCCACCAUCCUUCACAGGCGCCAGGCACUGUUCGGUGAGACUGCAGGCAGGCACCAGCAACAUCCUGCUAGACAACGUGGUCGACCCCUACACGCCCGUGCUCUACAAGAGUCGGCCCCUCUCCGACCCCCCUGUCGUGCACCCCCCUUCCCGCUCUCGGUCCACGUCCAGCAACUCGAGCAUUGACGAGUCCACCAACAUGCUCAUCAACAAACGAACUAUUGCUCAAAUUCGCACCGAGACAGAAAUAUAGAAACCACUGCUCUUCCAAUACAAUGGUUGCUCCUAAGGUUAUUUUCAACUGAGCUAGAUAACUGGAACUGGAGGUGGAGGUGGCUAGGGCUACUGUUGCUAUCUUCUCUAGUUGGGUGCCCCAGUUUAUGGAGAAUGGCAAAGUUCGCAUAAGUAGGUUUUGUCAACUGGCCAUCCUGGAUUUCAGUGGAAAGACAAAAUCAAUUGAAAUUCAAUGCAAUCUGACAGCUGAAUCAAGAGCUGGUUUUACAGCGUUACCAACUAGUUAGGCAUAGCACUCAACUAGAGAUAGAUAAUAUGCUACUAUUUUGGACUAGCCCUCCGUAUAAAUUUCUUUGGCUGGCAAUAAAAUGAGGACAUAUUGAACAAGCUUCAGGUGCUGUCUUAUUAACAUAAUGACAAUUAUCAUUAAAAAUUAUAACAUUUAAAAUGUUCUCUCCAUUCAUACAGUCCUACCUCCAGUUACGUAUUUAGCUCAAUGUUCUUUUCAGUAUUCAAGUAGAAUAUAUUCUUCCAUGCAUGUGCCAGACAAUUAAGGUGUGCUUCUUCUAGGGCAGAAGUUAUUUAUCGUGGGAUCAUUGAUUUUUGUGACCCCCAGUUAAACCAUAGAGAAAAGAUAGCAAAAGUUAUGUUAUCUUCUCUCUAUGGUUAAACGAAUCAACAAUACUGGUACAAACCAGGGGCUGUAUUCAUAACAAAGUUGUUGCACGAUGCAGGGCUAUUUCAGUGUAGUUUAGAAUUUUGUUAGAAUCUUUCAUGAAUACGGCUCUUAUUCCCACUGAUUUGCUAAUGGCAUUCACUAUUACUUUUGUGUGACUUUUAAUUGAAAAGCACAAGAAUGGCCAUUUUCACACUACGAUUGUUGGGCGACUUUCAUUGUCACGACAGCCAGAAUUUUCUCCGAUAUGCUGAGAAUCAGCUGUUGGUGAGAGUUAGCCAAUCUGAGGACAUUCUGAGUACAAUAAUGUCGGCCGAAAAUCGCUAAGUGUGAAAACGGCCGUUCUCAUUGUAGUUGUAAACUAAUUUGCCAAGUUGCAGAUGCUACUGAUUGAGAACUCCUGUUCAAUACGAUGCUUGCGUUUCUGUGAUAAGAUGAAUAAGGAUACUGAUAUUGUCAUUUUACGCAUACCUAUGUUAUUCGUAAUGAGUUUGCUGUAUUUUGAGAGUUAUUUUGCAUCACAUCAAAAUCACAAAUCCACUCAGCACUAUUGUGAGGCAAGAACCCAAAAUAUUCACCAAAUUAGAAUGAUGUAUACGUGUGUGAUAGAUUUUAUUCAAUCAAAUUUCUGGUAUUUUGAUAUAUUAAAAAGCGCAUACAAUACCCAAAAUCAAUUUAUUUCAGAAUUGCAGUUGAAUUACAAGAGAACACUCAUAUUGAAAAUACAAAUCACGGAAACCACAUAUUAUAAAUUUUUCAGAGAAAGUGAACAUUCAUGAAACGUUACAAGCCUAAUUUCUAAUAGCCUAAUUUUUGAGAUUCAGAUCACAACAAAUAUUAUUACAACAUCGAAUGGGUUACAAAAAAGCGUCAAGGAGAAAGAUAAAACGUUUUGUCAUGACAUGUAUGCACAUUCUUUUCCUUUAAAAAUUAAUUUUGGAAUUUUAUCAGAAUAUUGCGUUAUUUCUUCACUGAUCUAUGAAUGUUCACAUUAAUUCAUGUGAAAGUUAUGUACGUUGAUGUAGUGAUCAUGUCUCACAAUUUUUAUUGGUUGUGUAUUUAAAAUUAGAACCAAGGGUGAAGAUGGUGCAAUAGAAUGUAGUCAAAUCACGCUCUUGUAAUUAACGUAAUAAAAUUGCGAAUUGAACAGAAUGUAUACUUUUGAUUACACAUUUUUCAAGUUACACAACUUUUGCUAGGCUUUUACUUUUAGCAGCCUAGUUACUCAUUAUAUUGAUAAUAAAUGGAAUUGAACAGUAUUAUCACAUCUAUUUUGCUAUGAAAAUGGCAAAUGCAUGAAGAGGGCCUAGUACCUGCAUUAUUUUAUUUCAGAGCCAAACCAAAUGUUAUUGAGUUAUAGCUGGAAAUACAGUAAAUAUCAACUAUCAGGUUGAAGAAAAUUUUAUGACAUUUAAUUAAUUUCAACUGUUUUGGUUGAGUUUAGUAUAAACUUUCAAAUAGUUUUCAAUUUUUAAUUCAACCUACAUUAUUUUAUUAUCUUGUUAAUUUUUUUUAGUCAGUUCAAAUUCAAGUUUAGUUUAAAACCUUGUCUUCCCAUCAUUCUUGUUUCUCUAUUUCAAUACAUUUGAAAAAUACAUAUAUACGUUAUAUAAAAAUCACAAGAAGUCAAUGAUUUUUAAGUCUGUUAUGAUUCAUAAUCUCUUUUUUUCUCAUUAUAUCAAUGCUCUUGGCUAUCAUAUUCUGGUUAGAAAUUUAUUUGUAUUGCAAUCUGGGCCAAAAACAUGCAACUUUUUCUCAAGAAUUUACUCAUUAUUGAUUAUUGUGUAAUUCAAAUAGCACUGAGAUAAAUUCUCCGGUGUAUCAACUUGCUAGCUAUCCAGGGUACAAAUGCAGAAGGUUGUCAAAUGAUUAUUUUAUUAUUUAUCCUUAUGUAAUUCAAAGUUAUUCUUUCUUCCAAACUGGUUUUCUAUUUUUUUCAAUUACUUAUUGGAAUGUAUUUUUAACUUGAAAAGACCGUACAUGAAUUUUAUCUCUUUUGAAAAAUGGUCAAAAGAUAAUGUUGUGUGACCGUUUUCUAUGAUAGUUUAUUGGAAUCUAUUGAAUAAAUUCUCAUAUCUACUGACAUUUUGAAUAAACUUUUUUAUAAAUAUGAAUAGAUUUUUAUUAUUUUCUAAUUGUUAAUGAACUGAGUUAGGCCUAUCUAGAUUUUCAACAAUAAAUUAAUUUUAUAAAGUUAUUUCUCCACCUUCUAAUGGAAUCUGGAUUUUUUUUAUUUUUACAUCCCUUAUUUUUUCACUUUAGAAUUGAUAUUCUUCCAUUAUAUUGUUUACAUGAAUAGAGUAUAAAUCUAAACAUCUAAUCUCGAUUUGUUUAGAGGUGAUACAUCCUCUUUUUAAUAAAAUCCGAGCACAUUCAUAUUCAUAAAAAUAUCAUCGCAUAGGCUGUACUUAGUUGACAUCCAAAUCCACUUGACCAAAGUUGCAAGAAAUAUUGUAUAUAAUGUAAAUCUGUUUCUAUGUAAAUUUAUAAAUUGUGCUAUGUAAGACCAACAGAUUAAUAGCUCUUCUAGAAUAAUGAAACUAUAUUGUGAUGUAUAGAUUAUGUUAAC